AUGACAGAACAAGUGCAACGUUCGACCAUUGGCAGUGCAGUCAUUAAAUCGAUUGCAUCUUCAUGUCCGCCGACUAAUCGUAUAUUUGCUCCACUUAACAUACCAUGGCAUCGUCGCUUGCAAACUCUAGCUGUUCUCGUAUGGUUGUUACUGCCAUGGUUUUGUUUAUUUUUAACAAUAUGUUUUCUUCGUGCUGAUAGUUGGUACCUAACUGGAUGCUUUCUUCUCUAUCUAGGAUGGAUGGGCUUGUUUCGAACGUAUUAUAAGGAAGGUGGUUGUAGGCAACAGUGGUUUCGACGACUUUUUUUCUGGAAAUGGUUUACUGGCUAUUUUCCAAUUCGUUUACAUAAAACAUGUGAUUUAUCUCCUGAUCGUUCUUAUAUAUUUGGUUAUCAUCCGCAUGGAAUUUUUUGUCUAGGAGGUUUUGGUAAUUUUGCGACUGAAGCUACCAGUUUUGAACAAUUAUUUCCUGGUAUUAAUCUUCGUUUUCUUGUACUUAAUUCUAAUUUUCAAAUACCAUUUUUUGAACUAAUUUUAACAAUGAUGGGUAUAUGUGAUCCAUCGAAAGAAUCAUGUAAUUAUAUUUUAAAACAAGGUAAAGGCAAUAGUAUUAUGUUAGUUAUUGGUGGUUCUAAAGAAUCGCUGGAUGCACGCCCCUCGUCUGAAUAUUUGCUGACUCUUAAAAAUCGUAAAGGUUUCAUUAAAGUUGCUCUUGAAAAUGGUGCAAGUUUAGUUCCUGUAUUUUCAUUCGGUGAAAAUGAUGUAUACGAACAAAUAGCUAAUCCACGUGGAUCAAAAUUACGAUCAUUGCAAAUGACUCUACAACAAAAGAUGGGCUAUGCAUUGCCAUUAUUUCAUGCACGUGGCGUUUUUCAAUAUAAAUUUGGACUUGUACCUCAUCGACAUCCAAUUGAUACAUAUGUUGGUGAACCAAUUGAAGUACCAAAAUUAGCUCCAGCAGAAAUAACACCUCAAAUUGUUAAUGAAUAUCACAAGAAGUACUUGAAUGCAUUAACACAUCUGUUUGAUACACACAAAGCAAAACAUAAUAAUGCAAAUGCAUCGCUCGUUUUCGUCGAUGAUCCCAAAGUGUCAUAG